UCUACAUUAUGCUCUCUUCUUCCUUAGCCGCCACUCCUUUCCUUUCCUUUCCUUUCCUUGCUCACACACUAUAAAUUACCGCUCUCCUUGUGACGAUCGUUUCCAGUAGCAGGUACCUUGUCGUCAAUCUUGACACGCUUAGGAGAAUGAAUGGAAGCAGAAGCAGCAACAAGGUCGACGUGAGCUUGUCACCCAACGCCGUACUGCCUGAGUUCGUGAAGAAGUCGAGCAAGGAGAGCUCGCUGCUCACCAAAUGCAUUCGAGAUGUGUUGGAGUUCGCGGAGGAGGACACCAACAGGGUGACCUUCGCGCUGAAGGUUGGUCUCGCCAUGCUUCUCGUCUCCCUGCUCGGACUAAUCCAGCGGCCCUUCGAGGUCUUUGGCACCAACAUCCUCUGGUCCAUCCUAACCGUCGGCAUCAUGUUCGAAUACACUGUAGGUGCAACCUUGUACCGGGGAUUCAACCGAGCCGUCGGAAGCUUGUUCGCCGGCAUCUUCGCAAUCUUGGUGAUCGGGAUAUCCAUGAGCAGCGGCCGUUUUGUCGAGCCAUUUGUUGUUGGCUUCAGCAUCUUCCUCGUAGGAGCUGCGACUUCCUUCGUGAAGCUGUGGCCUUCAUGUGUCCCCUACGAGUAUGGCUUUAGAGUCAUCCUCUUCACUUACUGCCUCAUUGUAGUCUCCACCUAUCGCAUGAGCAACCCGAUGAGGACCGCCAUGGAGCGCCUGUACUCGAUCGCGAUCGGAGCGGCGGUCACCGUCGGCGUCAAUCUACUCGUCUUCCCCAUAUGGGCCGGCGAGCAGCUGCACGAGGAGCUUGUUAACAGCUUCUAUUGUGUCGCCGAGUCGCUCGAAGAAUGUGCGAGGAAGUACUUGAGCGGCGAUGGCUUAGAGCACACGGAGUUCUGCAAGAGGGUGGUCAUCGAUGAAUUCCCUGACGACCCUGCGUGCCAGAGAUGCAGAGCGAUACUGAACUCAUCCGCGAGGAUCGAGUCUUUGGCGAAUUCGGCGAAGUGGGAGCCGCCGCACGGCAGGUUCAGGCACUACUACGGUGCUUGGUCGGAGUACGUCAAGGUCGGAGCCGUGCUCCGGCACUGUGCUUACGAAGUGAUGGCGCUCUACGGCUGUUUGCGUUCGGAGAUACAGGCACCGAUCGAGCUUCGAGUCACAUUCCAAACAGAGAUCCUUGAGGCAACAGUCGAAGCAGCAGAGCUGCUCCGCGGCUUGGCGAAUGAUCUCGGCAACAUGAAGCAUACCGUUCGAGUGAGCCAACUCAUGCGUGUUCGUGUCUCCACCGAUCGUCUUCAGCGAUCCGUGGACCUGCACUCUUACCUCCUCAACUCACAUGGUUUCCCUCACAAGCCGACCGGUAAAGAUUGUUCUCAUGGAUCUGGAUCUGAUCCAUCCAGCAAACUACACCGCGAGGCUGAACGCAGUCCGGCGACUGCACAACCGCAGACCCGGACUUAUCAUGAGACCAUGAAAAAGCAGCAGAGGAGGCUGUACUCGUGGCCGUCGAGGGAGGUGGAUGAGCUGGAAGAAGAAGACGGAGGAGGUGACAGCGCCGAGCUGAUCACCAGGAUGCGUGCGUUGGAGAGCACCGCAGCUCUCUCGCUUGCCACCUUCGCCUUGCUGCUCAUCGAGUUCGUCGCUCGCCUCGAUCACCUGGUCGAUGCAGUCGAGCAACUCGCUGCAACUGCAAAGUUCAAGCAACAGGCGGGCUUAGAACGUACAAAAUAACAUUAAAAGAAAAAAGGAAAAGGCUAUGAUCAUUAAGCAAAAUCCAACAUCUUGCUGUUGACCAUAAGCGGAUGCAACUUAUUCUUAUGCAUCGAGAUCGUUGAUCCAAAACAAUUAAAAGUCCAAACCAAUGAUAAUACACCUAAUGAAUGCUAUAAACCACGUCAUUUGACUUUUAUCAGACUGGAAUUUGGGAUACAUUCAUGCAUGGCAUGGGUUGGGUUACAAGUUCGGAUUUGGACUACAGAGGACCCUCUGCUCCUGCCCGUUCCUGUCGGAACCGUCUCACGGCGCUCCGGUGCUGGGUCCCCUUGUGGGACCAUAUCUGCGUGCUCUGAUCACAGGUCAGGUAGUUUUUCGUAACGGGUCGCCUGGAGGGCGUCGCUCCAUGUUUCGUACAUGCGAUCGCAUUAGCAGGAGAUCAAAGACAAAUCUCGGGCGCGGGCGCGGGCGCGGGCGCGGCGAUCUCCCCAACGAAGAAGGGCUCUGCUCGAAUGUGGUGGUAAUUUUGGGAGGUGGACGCCAUGGCGCAGGUGCCCGCGGCGAUCUCCCCAACGAAGAAGGGCUCUGCUCGAAUGUGGUGGUAAUUUUGGGAGGUGGACGCCAUGGCGCAGGUGGUGGCGACGCGAUCCAUCCCCAUCCAAGUCUCUCUCGCCUUUCGCCAUCGGGCUCCGGAUCCGGGGACGCGAGGAGCCAUCUCCACGAGCUCAGGCCUUUGACGCCACCCCCGAGGUUCUUCCCCCAGGAAAAGUAGCAGAGGAUCGAGAUAGACAGCAGUUGCCGUGGCGAGGCCGCUCGCUCGUUCCGACGCCGGUGUUCUUCCUGUCUUCCCGGAUGACAUAUUAAAGGAAGAAGGGUAUUCAGCAAUUUGGGGAAGUUCCCAAGGGAUUGUGGUCUAAGCCGAAUGUGGUGCGGCAGACUAAGAUAGUCUGCACCAUCAUCGGCCCAUCGACCAACACAAGGGACAUGAUAUGGAAGCUAGCCGAGGCUGGCAUGAAUGUUGCUCGGUCGAACAUGUCGCAUGGAGACCAUGCAUCUCAUCAAAAGUCAUCGAUCUCAUGCUUGACACCAAGGAGGAAUGAUGUCUCUAUUGAUUAUGUCAAAAACUGAGGAUUCUGUCACGUGUGAAGUCGUUGAUGGGAUAGUCCAGGAGGCAUCUGAUUGUUAGAGGAAAGAGUGCAACCUUGCCAUCCAUCACAG